CCUGUUGCUGAACUUCAACAGUUGAGAUGAUGACUGAGACGGAUUCUACAUUUGCGAGAUGGGCAUUUUCCCAUUAUUUUCACUUCGUUAGAGACAAGGAUAAGAACGUUAUAGUCAAGUGCAAUUUAUGUGCGACACCAAAGGAACUCUCUACGUCGAGAAAUAGCACAAGUAACUUGACGAAACACCUGGACCGGUGCCACGCUAACACUAAGCUAACCGAGAGAGCUCCAGGUGUAGAGAAGAGAAAGAAUGCCGAGGAUGAGAGCGCGGGGAAUAUAAAGCAACAGAAAUUAAGUUUCUCUCGGACUGCCAUGCUGCUUGAACCCCGAGAGGUGAAGAGACUCGUGGCGGAGUAUAUUGUUGAAGACAUGCUGCCUCUAUCAACAGUAGAAUCGCCGGCUUUUAGAAAGCUUGUGAGCAAAGUCCCCGUCAACACUAGCAAUGACAAGCAUGUACUGCCAGACAGAAAGACAUUUGCCAAAGAGUUGGAUAAGGCAUAAUUAUGAUCCCAUGGAAAAGGAGCUGAAGAAAGUUAUCGAAGCUCAGCAGUAUGUACCAACAACAGCAGACAUGUGGAGUGCAAAUAACAUUAUUUUCAUGGGGGUGACUAUGCACUGGAUCGAUGCAGAUACCUUGAAACGAAAGAAGGCUGCAAUAGCUUGUAGAAGAUUCAGGGGUCGACAUACAUAUGACGCAAUUGCAACAGAAGUAGAGGACAUUUUUUCUCAAUACGGGCCGACCUACGAUAAAGUCACUGCAUGUGUGACGGACAACGGGAGGAACUUUGUGAAGGCGUUCAAGGAGCAUCAGCAUAUUGAGAUCGAGGAGGAAGAUGAGGUGGAGGGCGAUGGCGAAGUGGACUUUACAGACCUUCACAGUGUGUUUACCACCGAUGAUGAUGAUCCCGAGCAUGGGCUACGUGUACUGCCUCCCCACCAUAGAUGCACAGCCCAUACACUUAAUCUAAUUGCCAACAAUGAGGUUGAUAAAUGGCUAGCAUCUAAUCCAGAAUCGAGGGCUGUGUAUCGUAGUGCCGCAGCCAAAUGUUCAGCGCUAUGGACAAAGGCCAGCCGCUCCACAGUCGCAGCCGAGUGCCUGGAAGAGGUCAGUGAUAGAAAGUUGAUUGUCCCCACAGUAACACGGUGGAACUCAUUCUAUGAUGCCUAUGCUCGGAUUACAGAAAUGCCCCUAUCUGACAUAAAUAAACUUUGCACACAGCUUCAGAUUAAAUGUAUGAAUGACAGGGAAUACCAGUUUCUCAAGGAAUACUGUUCCAUUAUGAAGCCUUUCACCGUCGCACUGGACAUCCUACAGGGUGAGGACACUUGUUUCUAUGGAACGCUUCAACCAACCCUAGAAGUUCUAAUGGCCAAAACCUUAGCAGCGAAAAAUGGCUUAACGCAAAUGACCACUGGGCUGCCUGAGGUUAUUGUGGGAGCAAUUCAAACUCGAUUUGCAGCAACAAUUGACUCCAAGGAUGCGCUACUGGCUGCCGUCUCACUGCCCAAGUUCAAGCUACGCUGGUAAAAGAAGAAGCCAGAAGAGACCACAUCAAGUUACUCCUCAUGACGGAGUGGCGCUCCCUAACAACAGAAGAGCCUGCAGCCCUGAUACCUGAUGUCCCUCAACCUGCUGCUGUUGCCUCCAGCGAGGAGGACUUUUUUUCCUUUGAUGACACGGCUGAUGCACCCAUGUCAGUGGAAACAGAGGUAAUGUCUUAUUGAAGCUCCGCCCCUGUGAUGGAAAGUCUGCACCAGUUUCCAAGAAUUAAAAAAAUUGAACUUCGCUACAACGCCCCAACACCAUCCAGUGCACCAGUAGAAAGACUUUUCAGUCUCGGGAGUCUUGUGCUCACCCCAAAACGCAACCGUCAUGGUGAUGGACGCUUUCAGCGCCUGCUCCUGAUGCGCUUCAACAGAUAUUUCGGUCAACUGGGUAGUCAAAUAGGCUAGCCUCCCCCAACA